AUGAUCAAUAUCACAAAUCCACCUAAGUAAUCCUUUUCAAUCUAAAAAAAAACAUUUCAGAAUUUCUGUUAUGAUUUCACGAGAUACGCUAUCCCCUGUAAUCUCCGUUACGACUCCGAACGAUAGACAAAUAGGACAAGGGUUUUGGCGUCUACGAUAAAGAACGCCUUUGUUCCAGCCGGACAUUCACGCAGUAUUGUGCGACGAUCUAUAAAAUAAGCAAAUUUCUGAAAUCUGAACCCUUGUAACCAGUCAGUUUUAUUGAUUUUCAAGUCGUGCCACGCAUACAUUUAGGUCACUUUACUUUUCAGGAGCAGUCACACUUAACGACAAUGUUUUCCGACUUGUUCGCUUUCUGAGUUUCUGAAAACAUUCUGCGUUGGUAGCCCCCCCCCCGCCUUGCAACUGCAGGUUAAAUUAUAUUACACCCCAUUAUUGUUCUAACUGGUUGCCUGAAUUCCAAGAACACCUACCUGCUGACCAUGCGAUCAAGUUACUUAUAAAACAUUUUCCCCUUUUGCGCAGCAACCAACACUUUCCUUAUAGCCAAACAGAACCGAAGGCCCCACUUCUAGAGGUGGUUCGGCAAUGCUAUGGGUUAGGAGAAUGAAGAGCCCUAACUGUCACUGGGCAGAGUAUGAAGCAACCAUCUUGUGUCUGAAAAGAUAGCCGCCUCCCUCCUCCCCCCUCCGACAAGCUACUGACUUGAUAUCCAUUCUCGACUGUUAACGUCUUUAUAUUAUUUUUAUUGCCACUCUCUGUCGCCACUGCACUUCCUCCCAUAUACUAUUUAUCUUUCUUAUAAACCGGACCCUCAAUUGUACGAACGUUGUCCAGAACUCAGCUUACUGGGGCAAUUCUGAUGUUGACGGCUACGACGGUGAUUGUUGCAUCUCUUAAGGCCUAGACUUUUUGCAACAGACUUCGAGAACGAAGGGUGGACUUGGCAAUUUUCCCUAUUGAGGUGAAUUUAAUCAGCCAGUACCUAACCAUGUUUGAGGACGAUCUUCUCUGUCCCCUAGUAACAGUGGAUUGAGUAUUUUUCACAUAAAAGUAGUUGUACUUUUUAGUGAAGUGCAGGUCAAAGUAUGAGUAAGAAUCCAGGGCGCAAUCAGGUUCUUGUUAGAGCUUGAAGACUGGAACACCUGAAGGAGACUAGUUGUGGGCAAGUAAAUUGGAUCUUGUUUUCUGUUAGAAUUCUCACCGGACGUAUCAAGGGUGGAGAAAUAAAAAAUUAUUCCAUCUGUCUUACUGUAUAUGCCCUUUCUACGAUCUUCAAGAACGAUGUCUUUUUUAGUCCGACUUACUGUCAGGAUAGCUAUUUAACAUGCAACUCGAAAUGAAGACGAGUUUUUUGGAGGAGACGAAUGGGGACCGAGUCACUAUCAAAACCCGGUUGUAAAGCAACCUUUCUAUUUGGCUCGUUUUUUUUACCUUUUUUGUCCACAGACGGCCUUGAACUCACGUUUGAGAAUCUUCCCCAAUAGUAACUCCAUACGCAGGGGGUUUACUAUACUCCUGUUCACUCAACAACACUUCACUAACUUGGAGUUCUUGUUAUCGCACCUCUCGUCCGUUUCGAAGGCAUGCGAAAUCUUCAUUGUUUGGAGCAACCAUGAAAGAGAUCCGCCGCCAAGUAAGCCUUUCUUUCACGCUCCAUUCUCGCUUCUUGGGACCAGUCCUUUUACCCUGUCCUCUGCAUACUUUUUCUCGCAUAUUUACCGCGUCACCUACCCAGGUAUCUACCUUCCCAAUACUGGCAAACCCAUACGAAUUUUGCCAUCUCCGUUUUACAAUCGGAAACAACUGACGAUCUCUAAACUGCCAGAGACGGAGUCAGCAGCACUUUUUGCUAUCAAUGGAGACGAAGGUCCACUUCCUUCAAUUGCCGACAUAGAGUUUGCCUUCGAGGUAAAUCUUAUCGCCAACACUGUUUGGAUUCGACUAAACGCUUGUCUGCCUUCUUUUGCCACUAGAUUUCAUGGGCAUGGCUUCUUUUACACUACGUCAUUUAUUAUGGUCAUGUCCGACUGAGCAUUAAAGGACUCCCCAGUAUUCUCGCCAUCACUAUCGCGCAAAUAUAAUCCACCCUACUAGUGGUAUUGACCUUUUUCCCGUUUCCUGAUCUUCCUAUUUCCAUCUUGCACCGUUUGCAUCUGUGACGGGAGAGGGGGGGAGAAGCAACUUGAACAAAAAGCUUUUACAGCUAGACAGACAGCUGACUGCAGUAUGAUUGUGACUCGAAGGAGAAGGAGGAGGUUUUUUAUGUGUAUUUUUAUUCUAAAUGUCCUAUGGGGUUUGUGGCGUGCCCAAUCCUGCUUUUCUGCUGUUGCUGUCACUGGUCACUUUGUAAACCGGGUCAGCUGUCGUUCAUUGGCCUCUUCCAGACAUAUCUGCGCGCAUUGGGACUGCAUCCGCGUUCCGCCCUUUUCUCUGGAGGGUUUGCCUUUUUCUCCAACUGGUAUUAGGAUGUUCGUGGCGGCAGCGGCGGUGAUGAUAGAGGAGUUUUCGGGUGUCCAGUUUUAGUCAUGAUGGUAUUCCGGUGAAUUGGCCCGUCAUGGAUAUGCAUAUGGCCAUCUAGACCAAUGCGGCUUUCAAAUGUCUUGGUGCAUUGCAAGUAGGUGAAGCGUGUGUAAUGGGCGUAUUUCGGGACUCCAAGUACUAGGUCUGCAUACGUCCAACGGGGACGAUCCUUGUCCGGAACGUCUGUUGACAAUGUGGACGCGAUGGCAGGUAUUGAGUGCUGGCCUCAUCGGUCCGCAGCACCUGAAUUUUUGCGCGUCUCCCUCUUUGCUUUGGAGGUGACCAUUCGGUCGGCUUCGAAGAUGGCUGUUCCAGUCUUUACGACAUUACACCAUACCUGUCGAUCUUCAGCAGGGUCCUCCCAGGCCUCCGCGUUGAUUUGUAGGUGCUUGAAUGAGGUCUUGAAGGCAUCCUUUUGGCAACGUGCUUGCCCCGUCUGUGACCACCCGCACCUACGCCUUCAUAGAUUAGCCACUUAAACCGGCGCCCGUCGCCCAUCCCCACGACAUGGUCACCCCAUCGCGGUUGUAUCUAUCCAUGAAUGGCGUGGAUAUUGAGGAUGCUGGUUCUUCCCGGAGUCCUUGCCUGGGACCCUUUCCUGCCAUUUCACCUUUGAUAUUCAUCGGAGGCAGCUGAGGGGAAAAUGUUAAGUUUUCUUGCUUGAUCUUCAUGAAUUCCACGUUCCUGCUCCACACAAAAGCGUUUUGAGGGCUGCAGCCCCGUCCAUCCUCAGUCCUAUGGCGAUUAAGAUGCCACGACGGUUUCAGACGGAGUGUUUUAGUUGACCGAAGACUUGGCUGACUGUGGAAAUCCAACUUGCGAUUUCGUCGUCGAUCGUGAUGUUUUCUUUUAUUUUACCACCGAGGCGCACGGCAUUCUCUAUUGAUGUGCGGUGGAUUCCACUACCAUUGAUAUGGUGCUCGGUGUUUUCAGUGUUUGGCCUCGGUUGGUGCAGGACCAUUGUCUUCCGUCAUAAUGUAGUAUCGGCGCUAGAUGAUGGGUGGCAUCGCCUUCGACUGAAAGCCUGAAGAUAGCAUGGAUUAUAGCCUUAAAUUAUUAAAAUUAGGUGGGUAGUGCGAUACUCUAGUCGGGACCGGAGGACUUUAUCUUCGGUCGUUUGAUUGUAGUGCUUUUAUCUAAAUUCAACGGCACCUUCACCACUCUUUCUGUCUUAUUUGCUCUUUAGACGUGGUGCCAACAUCCCAACCGCAUAGUCGGUUUUCACAAUGUUUCCAACCCGUUGAAUUCGCACGCAGGAUCAUCAGCUCCAGACAGUUCUGCCUUUCCGGUGUUCUUUCACAAGGUAAGGGCUUCUCCUUUACCAAAGUUUGCUCUUCUUCCCCCUACAUGGCUGCGAGAGUUUAACAGGGCGUCUACGUGUGCUCUCCGCUGUUCAAAAAGAUCUUUUUGCAAAGAACACUUCCGUCCAGUUUGUUUGUAUUUCCAUCAAACAUGCAGGCCCAUUCAUGCGGCCGAUUCGUCCAAUAGUCCGUCGUGUCCCACGAGAACCAGCUUGCAGUCGAUUAUACUGAGGACUUUGGUAGAGUUUUCUGCCCCCCCCCACACUUCACUCGUCGCAUUUCAGUCCGACGGCUAAACCGGAAAGACUAAGGAUUACUUUGAGCGCAGUUUCUUAUCUAGCAUAUUCUCAAUCCAUGUUUGUAACGGCAGUUGUCGGUAUCUCCGCACACCAGAAAGACUUCACCCCGUCAGUCAUCUCCGCAUCACAGCACGCAUGUUCAGCUUUAGCUAUGAUGCCCUUCACCCGCGCACUUUGAGGGCCUUUUGUUCAAGAUACGAAGUAGGGAAAACAACUAAGUUGGGGCGCCUGUCUCCAUGCAUGUAAAUCAUUUUCGUGGACUACUGCGCUUUCUUAGCUAGCGGAAAGUAGACUUAUCUUGCCUGUUUCUCGUGCGCCUGCCUAAAUUGCAACCUCCUUCACAGCUCUUAGAAAACUCAAUUCCCUAUUUAAAAAAAAACUGACAUCCUCAUAAGCCAUACUUUCUCCACAACCGUCAGUAUUUCGGUCUUGCUAGCUACAUGCAUGCACCCCGUCUGCUAUCUUACCUCUGAGGUAGACUAUCUGAGAGAGUUUGGUAAGGAGAAGUUGCUGAGAUGGCAGUUAGUACUUGACUUCACCCGUCUUCGUGCCAGUCUCAGACCUGGAAGUAUUCCCAGUUGGGAAUGAGAACGGACGCAAUUUUUGUGUUGGAGGCCGAGAACUCUUCGGGAAUCACACACGCAUUGUGCCCAGGUUAUUUUUCUGCCUCUCCCUUACGCAGUAGUAGGUGGAGUUCCCAGGAGUUGCUCUGUUCACUCUCCGCCACCUCCUUGUACCUUUCCCUCCUAAUUGUGCAGCACUGUUGGCCGAUUUCCAAAUGCAUAUAUCCAUUCAGUCGUUACAGUUUUCACAGUAGAGCAUUUUUUCCCUAACAAGCCUCUUUUCUUUUUUUCGCGUCUCCAAUUUCAGUACUAUCUCUCUCGCUACCUCGAAGAGUUGUCAGAUAAGUUGAACUUUUUGCUUACGAGCCCGUUGGAUUGUAUCGAGUUGGCAAUACCCAGAGUUGUGGAGCACCUCUCAGAGAGGCCCAUACUGAACACUCUCCGUCGCUACAACACGAACAUUACCCGCCAGUAUCAUGAUACUACUGGGGAUGGCACUAAAAAGACCUUUAUUGAGGGUCUCGAUCUCGUCUCGCGACCCAUCGACGAGCACAGCGCCGCACAUCGCAAAAAAUGCUACAUAUUGGUGGAGGCGGCGCUACGACAACGGUCCCCACUUCCCGUUCGAAGUGUUAUCAGCUACGCUCAGCCCUAUAGAGCCACUUGGGAGUAUCCACGACGACCGAACCACGAAGUGCAAUCUUUGACGUAG